CAGGAGUCUGGUCGAGAGAAAUAUUGGCCACAGCAGAGUACUUGGCAUUAAAGACGGCUGGCGGUAGGAGCUGCGGACACUCGUUUCUAGAAGCUACUGUUCACUUUGCUGCCGCCAACAAGUUUGGUGAGAGUAGAGAAAAGGGGAAAACCCAGAUUUUUUUUUUUUUUUGCCUGAAUGGUGACGGUCUGGAUCUGAACCUUGUUCUUCCGAGACUCCUGCCAGCUCUGAACCUCAUUGACCUCUUUCUCUACUGAGAACAGUUCAGGCUGAAAGCUGUAUCACACUUGGAGCCUUCAUUUGUACAUUGGCUUGAAUAUAUUUGAAGGAUUAUACAGCAGAGAGGUUCUCGGUUACUUCUGUGUGACAACAUGGCAAAGAAAAACAGCCAAAAAGACACAUCUGGGGUGGUGUUUGACACACGCUCAAAAAUGGUCAUGUCCCAGGGAGGAACAGCUGAAAGGAUGAAGGAGAAGAUCAGUGCUGUCAGAGCAGUUGUCCCCAACAAAAGCAACAAUGAGAUUGUGCUGGUGUUACAGCAUUUUGAGAACUCCGUUGAUAAAGCUGUACAGGCUUUCUUGGAAGGCAGUGCAGUUGAGAUCCUGAAGGAGUGGAAUGUCACCGGAAAAAAGAAACCCAAGAAGAAAAGGAAGCCCAAACCUCAGCCAGAGGCCCCAGCAGAGCCUGCGCCACCUGAGGCCAUAUCUCCCGAGGAGGGCAAGGAUGAGGUUAAUGGCUUUCAUGCCAAUGGAUCAGUAAUGGACGGAGAGUCUCUUGAUUCGUUGAGUGAACAGUUGGACUCUGCCUCCCUGGAUGCAGCCGAGCUGGACUCUGAACCUGCUACAUCCGAAACCACCGGUGCAGAAGCAGAAAGUCAAGGUAGUGCUCCAAGUCCCGCCUCUCAGCCAAUAGGAAGGAAUCACCAGGGUUCCAGAGGCAAUAAGUCCCGACAAAGGCCAAACUCAAAUUCACAUCCACCCACUGCCUUGUUAGCACCUACCACAGAUGAGCACGGAUUAUCUGGAGUAAAGAAGAUGGCUACCAACAUUGAUCGCUCUGUGAAGGACCUGCAGCGAUGUACUGCAUCACUGACUCGCUACAGGAUGGUGGUCAAGGAAGAGAUGGACUCUUCAAUCAAGAGAAUGAAGCAGACAUUUGCUGAGCUUCAGAGCUGUUUAAUGGACAGAGAGGUGACUCUACUGGCAGAAAUGGACAAAGUGAAAGCUGAGGCCAUGAUGAUUUUGGACGCCCGGCAGAAGAGGGCAGAGGAGCUCCGGCGGCUGACAGACAAAUCGGCAUCCAUGUCAGAGGAGCAGCUGAAUGAACUGCGCGCAGACAUCAAGCACUUUGUGAGCGAGCGUAAAUACGACGAGGACCUUGGGAAAGCUGUAAGAUUUACGUUUGAUCUUGAACCGCUGAAGGCGAGCAUCGCAGGGUUUGGAUCAGUUUACCACCCACGUACAGGCUACUCAAAUCGAUCCCGCUGUAGCUCCACAUCAUCUUCUGUCGCCAGCCCCAGCCUACCGGAGACCCCUGCUCCCACCCAGAUCCAGAGCAACCACCCAAGUGAAACCCGUCCUCCACCAGUCAAACAGAUUUUCCAAGGAAACAGACGUACCUUCCAUGGACAAGGUUAUCAUUCAGGUGGUCAGCGGUAUAACGGCGGUUCCUACAAUGACAGGAAUGCUGGUCGUGCUAACCAUCGCCAUCAGAGUGAUGGUGCCUCUUCUGGACCUACAUCACAGCACUCUAACAACUCGAGAGGUCCCUCACAUUCCUCCACGUCCUCUCACAACCAAGACCGACCAUCUCACAAUGGGCUGCCCCAAAGGGUUCCGCGAACGCAUGGUCCUUGACAUUUAAAAAAAUAAAUAAAAAAUCAUGAGCUCAAUCAAACCCAUCUACUAACCCUUGUUGUACUCCUCCUCUCCCCAUACCCUCCCCAACCCUUCACAUCCUCCCCACCUACUAACUCCUUUCAAUGAAGAAUAGAAUUCAAGUUUACAUAUUUCCAUCAGUUGAGCUGUAGUGCAGCCUCUCCACAUCAAUUCAUUCAUCCUUCAAACUUGAAAAGCUCUCACUGUUCUGUAAUCGCGCUUCCUUUUUCUUUUCUUGUUCCUGAUGACGGUUAACAGUUUCUAUCUUUAGGCCCGUGUUGAGAGAUCUUACUCUUAUGCUAUUGUCAGUCUCUGAUCUUAGUCUUUGCAGUUAAAGUCUACCAGAGAUGGACAUGAAUACCUGCAACAAUUUGUGCGCUAUUGAAGUUGAACUCGUAGUAUUUCUUUUCUAUUUUUUGCUGUGGCUUUGUCAGCUCUCUGAUUUGAACCUCAGAUCUUAUUUUUCUGCUUGUCUCCCAGAACCAUUUCAAUGCCUUCACUGUGAAAAGCGUUGUGAAAGUGCAAAAGCAGUUCUAGCAUUAGCAGGGAUCUCUGUCAUCUGAAGAGUAGACAUGCAAACAACACUACAAUCUGUCAUUAAUCAUUGCAAGGUAAAAAAAUGAAACAUAUCAAACCGUAAUCCAGAGCUUUUCAUUUGGCUGCUACAAAUGGUAGGGAACUAGGUGUAUUGAGAGUAACUCUGUGGAUGCAGAUGUUACCCUUUUAAAAGGAGUAGUUUAACAUUUGUUGAUGCUCUCUCCCUCUUUGCCGCGAGUUGCAUGAGUAGAUUGACACGUGUGUGUGUGUGUGUGUGUGUGUGUGUGUGUGUGUGUGUGUGUGUGUGUGUGUGUGUGUGUGUGUGUGUGUGUGUGUGUGUGUGUGUGUACAUUAAAUAUGAAGCCAGCAGCUGGUUAGCUCAGCUUACCUGAUGUGACAAACUGCACCUCUGAAGUUCACUAAUUCACACUUUUCUUUCUAUUUUGGUUUUUGCACAAAAAAUUUACUUUUCUGGAGGUUAAGCUUGAGACUAGCUGUUAGUCAUUUCUGGCCUUAAUGCUAAACUGAUUGGCUGCUGCUUGUAGCUUCAUAUUUACUGUAGACAUGAGUGUGCCAUCCAUCUUUUCAUCUGACUGCAUGGAGGUGAUGAGUGCAUUUCCCAAAGUCAAAUAUCAAACUAUUCCUUUUUAAUAUUGCCUAAGGCAGUGAUGUUUCGCCCUCCCACUGGCCGCUGGAGUUACCAUGUGUGCUGUUUUUCCUUGGCUAGCUGUCCGUUGUUUUAUAACAAAGAGAGGGCUCAUUACCUUUUUGUAGAAUAAUGUUAAAUAUGUAAAAAUUCUUAGCAAAGGAAAACUCCUUUGUGGUGCACAUGCUGUUUCAUAGUUCUGAACAUUUAUUCACAGGCAAUCUGUUCUUUGUGUUUUUCUUGUUAUAUGCACACGAAUGGCAUAUUAAUGUCGUGCUUGCCUUUAGUCACAGACUUCACAUUUGCCUUUUUAAAAACAUGGAUGUCUGCAUCAUGAUGGCUUUGUAAACAGAUGGUACUCAUAGAGCAGUUAAGUGAUUUAUGAACAUGUGCAAAAACAAAGUCUAGGAUCUAUUGUUCCCCUUUUUCUUUAAAGUCUGACUGAUAUAGAUAUCAGCCAUUCACAGAUUUAUGGAUAUCGGCUUGUAUUGUCCGAUAUGGAAGCAGUUUAUAAUAAACAACAUAAUGCAGAAAAAGAUGCUCGGGGUCCUCUAGAUUUAAGUUUGUCCAGCAGUGUGACUCCAUUGUUUACAAAACUCUCAGCACUGCCUGCAGCACCGCUGAGCAGAUGGUGUGGAGUCGAGCAGUGUCGUCACAUGAAGUUGCUACCUAGUAAGUGAAAUACAUUACUGGAAACUUAAUGACCCCCAUUAUUUUCAAUUUCAAUAUAUCUGAUAUUCUGUGUUUAUGAGUGUAUGUGUGUGCGCGCGCAUGUAUCGAGGGUAUCGGCUGAUGUGUUUGUCACUCCCUAAAUAUCUAGCAUCAGUUGCUCUUCUUCUUUUAUGCCCACUCUGUCCAUCUGUGGAAGUAAAGUUGAGCAAACUUAUGAAUGCAUUGGAGGGUUGUAUUGAUUUCUUAGAUCCUUUUUUUUUUUUUUUUUUUUUUUUUUUUUUUCCCCCCCUUUUCUUUUCUGCCAAGUAGCUGCUGCAAGGCUGCUGUUGGGGUUGAAUCCCAUCGUAGUGCCCAGUUUGUGAACAAAAAGCAGGUGAAUACCUCAUCGGUGAUUGUUCGACACAACCUGUUUCAACGCCAUUUUCUCGCAGUGGGCUUUUAGUAAGAGACAAGGACCUUCCAGCGAUACCUUAUCUCAUCAUCUUGUAGUUAAUGUACAUAUGCAGAGCUGCAAGGCUGUAGUGGAAAACCGGUUGUUACAUUAUUGCUGCAUCUUCAUAACAUGUUGUCUUCCUUUGAGCAGAAAUUUUUUGGGGGGUGCGGGGGGAUGUUUUUGUGGGGUUUUGUUUAAAAGGUUUUCUGGUCAUAGGGAGUUUUUAACCCCCUCUUUGAGAUUAACACUUUUAUGUAAGUAGUAUAAUUAGUGAAUAUUGUUGAGAAAAGAAUGCAAACUGGUUUCCAAUCUUUGGUAAAUAUGUUCUAGGAUGGUUUAACGUUGUGGGAAAUGAGCUCAUUGGCUUCCUUGUUACAGUAAGACAAAGCUAUCUGGAGCAGCAAGUUAAUUUAGUCUGGUGUGAAUCAUGGCCCAGAUUGUUUUCCUGUCAGCAGCUUUUUAACACAACUGCUUAAGGGGAAAAAAUGGUGACAGUGAAGUAAGACUUUUUUUUUUUUUUAAUUAUUAUUAUUAAUAACAAAACAAAAAUUAUUAUAUUUUUGUUGUGUCCAUCCUAAACUGGGCUAAGAAUCUCUCUUCAUUCCCAGUGUCACAAAAUCUUCUGACCAGCACCUCAUUAACAAAAAUCACUUCAGCUUUACAACUGCUGGACACACAGCUGCACUGACAGUUUAAACCCACAGUUCAGCAAUGCAUUGUUGGAUGAAUUUGUCAUGUUGCUUGUAAAAUAUCCUCCUGCAGAUGAAUAAAAUGACCAACUAGCCAUCAUUAAAUGUAGUAAUGUCAUGUAUAUAAUGGUGUCUUACCAACAAAUGUUUAAUUCAGGAACUAAUUACCCCUUUUGGUUGUCUGGCAGAUAGCCUACCCCUGCAAAAUAGCCAUAUGUCUUUUACUGAAAUAGAAAAUGUAAUGAUUUGGUGCAUCAGAGGUGCUGAUUAGGUGGAUUUUGUUACAGCUGGAUAGUGCCAGACUGGCUAACUAAGCAAAGCUAACACUGCUUCUGCUCUAAACAGGCGGAGCACUCCAUAAGACAGCGAGCAUAUUUCCCAAAAUGUUUUUCUUUGUAAGUGCAUGCAUCGCUAGGUAGGUUAUAUCAUCACAAAGAUCUUUUAUAGACUGAAGUACCAAAUUUUACAACUUUCCUCAGCCAGCUCAUCGAAGACGGGCUGUGGUAGGAAAUUAUUAAAGCUGCAGGACAAAUGCUAAACAAUUAAGUAAUUCUCAUCUGCAAAAUGAUCUGCCUCCCUCCAACCACCAUUUUUGUUUUUCAUUCCAAACUGUAGGGAUAUUAAGUUAUCGCCAAAGAAACAAUCUCAUCCUGUGCAACUUUGCUGCCCCCCCCCCCCCCCCCCCCC